AUGUCUAAAUCAUCAUCAUCAAAAACUGGUUCAAAAGAUGUUCUUAAAUCUGAUUUUCUACAACAACAGCGACAAUUAGAAUUACAACAUCAACAUCAACAAUUACAACAAGAACAAGAAUUAAAUCAAAAACAACAACAACGUCAUCACAACCACCAAAAUCAAUCACAACCUAUCGUACCUACUCAAACACAAAACCAAUUAGUUCAAGAACAACUGCCAUUAAUUCAAGAACCUUUCUUACCACACCCACUGAAACCUCGAUCUAGAAUUCAACCAAUUGAUGAAUCACAAUUAAAUAAUAAAAUUACAGAUUUAUCAAAAUCUCAAAGAAUGGAAUUAGCUUAUGAAUUUUAUUUAAAAAUUCAAUCAUUACCAACUAAUGAAAAAUGGUCAAAUCGUAAAAUUGCAAAAUAUCAUGGAAUAAGUGAAGGUGGAUUAAGAGCACGUUUAAAAAGAGGUACAAUGGGUGAUAAUAACACUAAUGAAAUUGAUAAUGAUAGAAAUAUUGCUUCUUUAUCUUUACAAAAACCAAUAAAAUUGAAUUUAGCAGAUGAAAAAAUUUUAAUUGAACAAAUUAAUGAUAUGAUUUCCAAUAAUUUAGAAGUUAACGAUACAAUUAUUUUACUUAUGGCAAAUAGAAUUCAUGAAACUUCAACUAAUAAUGAUUUAAAUGGUAAUGAAAACAUUGAUGAAACUUUUGAAAAAAAUAUAUCAAAUUCAACUUAUAUCAAUGGAUCAUGGGUAAAAUCAUUCAAAAGAAGAAAUAAAGAAUUAUUUAAAACAAAAGAAAACAAUCAAAUACCACCAUCCAACCAAUCAAUCACAACUUCAACUUCAAAUACAAACACAACACCGAAAAAAGAAGAAGAAGAAGAUAAUGAAGAACAAGAAGAACAAGACGAAGAAGAAGGUACAAAUUACGAUCCCUCAUUACCAGAACCAAAACCACUCACCACUCAAGAAAUCAACCAACUUUCCAAAACUCAGCGAAUGGAAAAAGCAUUUGAAUUCAAUCAACUCCAAAAAAAAACCUUACCACCAAAACAAAGAUGGUCCAAUAGAAAAAUUGCUAAAAUUUAUGGAGUUAGUGAAAGUGGUUUCAGAGGUAGAUUAAAAAGAGGUAAUGAACAAAUAAAUGGUCAUAUAAAAAGAAGAAAAAUAAGUAUUGAAGAAGAACAAUUAAUAAAAAAAAAAUUAAAUGAAGAUUUACAAAAUGGUGAAAAUAUAACUUCUUCAAUUAUAAUAAAUUUAGCUAAUAAUAUUAUUAAAGAUAAUGAUUCUUCUAAUUUUGUAACUAAAUCUUGGGUUAAAACUUUUAAAAAAAGAAAUCCUGAUUUAGUUUAUAAUUCUAAUGUUGUUGUUGAUGAAAAUAUUAAUCCUGAUAUUGCUAAUAAUAUUAGUAGUAGUAAUAAUAAUGAUAAUAGUUAA